CGGCUCUGCUCGCCCGGCCGGGAUGUCGGGACUUGCAACUGCCGGGGCGCCCCGAGGGCGGACAGGAAAGAAAGGCUUUCUCCUUGGCUGGUGGAGGGUUGGGUGUCUGAGUUCAGACAGGUUCCGGGGCGCUGGCUGGCUGCGCGGGCUUUGGAGCGACACGACUCCGGACCUGUUGCGGCCGGUCCCCACCCCGCCCUCGCUGGGCUCGGCACCUGGGCCCGGGAGGAGGCGCGGCCCGGGCGGGACCGAGCUGCCCUCCGCCGCCCGCCGCGCGCAGGUGACUCCCCACCUCCCUCGCCCUCCGCUUCCUGGGCGGCGAACCGUCGGCGCGGGCGCGGCUGCGCGCGGCUCGGGGCGCUCCCCGCGAUACCGCCCGUCACUGCGCGAAUGGACUUUUGAAAGUGCUGUUGUCAGAGAUUUGCCAGCAUGGAGACCUCAUCAAUGCUUUCGUCACUGAAUGACGAGUGUAAAUCAGACAAUUACAUUGAACCUCACUACAAGGAAUGGUAUCGAGUGGCCGUUGACACGCUGAUUGAACACGGGUUGGAUGCGUACCAGGAAUUUCUUGCCAAGGAACGAGUGUCAGACUUUCUAGCUGAGGAAGAGAUUAAUUAUAUUUUGAAAAAUGUCCAGAAAGUGACGCCAAGUACAGCAUAUGGCCCUGAUAAUUCCUGCGACGAUACCUCCUCUUCGGGAACUUACUGGCCCAUCGAGUCGGACGUGGAAGCUCCGAACCUUGACUUAGGUUGGCCGUGUGUGAUGCCCGGACUCUCGGGGGGCACCCACAUUGACCUCCUCUUCCAUCCACCUAGAGCACAGCUACUUACAAUUAAGGAGACGAUUCGGAAGAUGAUAAAAGAAGCCAGAAAGGUCAUUGCUUUAGUGAUGGAUAUAUUCACAGAUGUGGACAUUUUCAAAGAAAUAGUGGAGGCAUCAACUCGAGGGAUCUCUGUAUACAUUCUGCUUGAUGAGUCCAACUUUAAUCAUUUCCUAAGUAUGACUGAGAAACAGGGCUGUCAAGUUCAGCGACUCAGGAACAUUCGAGUGCGGACAGUAAAAGGCCAAGAUUAUCUUUCAAAAACUGGAGCAAAAUUUCAUGGAAAACUGGAACAGAAAUUUUUGCUCAUUGACUGCCAGAAAGUUAUGUACGGUUCCUACAGCUACAUGUGGUCAUUUGAAAAAGCUCACCUCAGCAUGGUUCAGAUAAUCACAGGGCAACUUGUGGAGUGCUUUGAUGAAGAGUUUAGGACUCUGUAUGCCAGGUCCUGCGUCCCCAGUCCGUUUGCUCAGGAGGAGUCAGCAAGGGUGAAACAGAGCAAAGCGCUCUGGGAGAAUGGUACUUACCAGCGUUCAGUGUCUUCCUUGGCUUCCGUUUCCAGCCAAAGAAACCUUUUCGGUAGACAAGACAAAAUCCACAAACUCGAUUCUAGUUACUUCAAAAACAGAGGCAUCUAUACUCUCAAUGAGCACGACAAAUACCAUAACAUAAGAAAUCAUGGCUACAAACCUCACUUCGUGCCAAACUUUAACGGUCCAAAUCCAGUCGGCCAGCAUCGACCCAACCAGAUGAUCAGUGAGAACUGGAAGAGGCACAGCUACGCGGGGGAGCAGCCAGAAGCGGCGCCGUACCUGCUGCUGAACAGGUUCGCGGACCGGCUGGCCCAGCGGAAGACGACGAACCUCGCCGAGAGGAAUUGCAGCGUGCGGAGGUCCUUCAACGGCACGGACAACCACAUCCGCUUUCUGCAGCAGCGCAUGCCGACCCUGGAGCACACCACCAAGUCGUUCCUGCGGAACUGGAGGAUCGAGUCCUACCUAAACGAUCACUCGGAGGCGGCCCCCGAGGCCAACGGGUCGGCUCUGGGCGACCGGUUGGAGGGCUACGAGGGCCCCGAGAAUGCGAAAGCCAGCGCCCUGUACGCGCACUCCCGCCUCCGCUCCUCUUUUGUGUUUAAACCGACGCUACCCGAGCAGCAGGAGGUCAGCAGCUGCACGACGGACUCCUCGAAUUCAACUGUCGUUGGUUCCCAGGGCAGUGACACACCGAAGGCGGCCCCCGACACCCCGACAGGGGCGCAGCAUCCGCCGGACAAGCCCGCGCUGGACUCCACCCCCAAGCUCGCGCCGCAGCCGGAGGCGCCGAAAAUGCACGCGUUGCCGGUUCCCGAAAGCCAGCCAGCGGGCGCGAACCCAGCUGCAAACGGCCCGACGGAGCCAAACAGCUAUUUGUAUACAACCUUGUGUGUGAAUAAGCAGACAGAAAAUCUCAAGAGCCAACCAAAUGAGAAUCUGCUGAAAAGGCGGAGUUUCCCGUUCUUUGACCACUCAAAAGCCAAUUUUGAUCAUGGAAGUAGUAAGCAUUAUGUAUAUAGUACACUUACCAGAAAUCGAGUUAGGCAACCAGAAAAACCCAAAGAGGAGUUGCUAAAAAGCUCGAAAAGCAUGCACAAUGUGACCCAGAGGGUGGAAGAGGAGGACGAGGAGGAGGUGAUGGAGAGAGACCCUCCCAUCGGCGCUAAUACCAAGUCAGUUUCCAUUGCUGCUUUGAAUGACGUGAACAAAGAGGAACCUAACAAAGAACUCACUUCCAGGAAAGAAGUGAAGGGCUCCCCAAGUUUUUUGAAAAAGGGGUCUCAGAAGUUAAGGUCACUGCUUAGCCUUGCCCCAGAAAAGAAAGAAAAUCUCUCCAAAAAUAAAGCCCCUGCCUUUUAUAGAAUGUGUAGUAGUUCUGACACUUUAGUUUCUGAGGUUGAAGAGAAUCAAAAACAAAAAAAAUCAGAACCCAAAAUGGAUGUGUCUCCUAGAAGAAAGCGUUCCUCCUCAUCCAACUCUCCAGGCAGCAUCCACAAGAGUAAAGAAGAUGUAGCGGUUCGUUCAUCUCAGGGGAUGCAUUCUCCAUCCGAUCAAAGUAACAAGAUCAUACCUUCUGCAGGUCCAGUUGAAAAUAAGUUCUCGGAAAGAGCAGGAGAUGCCUCUGCCCCGAGAUUCAACACCGAGCAGAUCCAAUACCGAGAUUCGAAGGAGAUGAAAGCAGUUGUUGUGCCAGAAAGAAAACCAGCUUCUUCUCCAAGGCCAAAGCCCAAUGAUGAGCUUCUGAAAUCGCAUUCCAUGGACCGGCGCGUUUACAGUCGUUUUGAGCCCUUUUGUAAGAUUGAAAGCGCCAUUCAGCCCACAAGCAACAUGCCGAAGACUGGGACACCCCGCCCGGAGGUGAAACCCACAACGGUGCCCAACAGCUACGGCAGGUCCAGCCCAAUGCUUAAUUACAACACUGGUGUUUACCACGCGUAUCAGCCAAAUGAAAACAAGUUUCGAGGACUAAUGCAGAAGUUUGGCAAUUUCAUACACAAAAAUAAAUGAAAUGCUGUCAUUACAAAUAGACUUCAAAGUACAAAGAAGAAUGUGGCUAUAAAUAUUUGUCCUAGGAACAUUCUGGAUUUUUGAACAUGCUAAUAAAUUUCUAUGGGGGCAGAACUUGGGGUAUGAUGUAUAUGUUUACCAACUUACUAAUGUACAGUAAAGUUAUUGUUACGUGUGAUAAAGUUAGUUAUGCUUAAUUACACUAUAGAUGGAAUAUCUAUGAACACAUGACUUUCAAUUGGUAAUGGUGAGAUAAAUUGUUUUCUUCAGACUGAAGAUCUUCUUAAGUCUUAAAUGGAAACUAGGGGAGAGAUGGUGUGUGGGUUUUAACCAUUCAUUCCAAAGUCUUUCGUUUAAAAAAAAA